AUGGCGCCAAGUGCAACUGCACCAAGUGCAACUGCACCAAGUCAAGAUGGUAAAUCUGCAGCGACGAUACCUGGCAAAGAACAAACUCGAACAGCAUUGAAACUUAGUGGUGCCCUUCAACAAUUUGAGAGUAGAGAUCUUACUGCUGUCAUUGGGACAGAAUUCAAGAAUGUGCAGCUUGUAGAUUGGUUGAGCGCUCCUAAUUCGGAUGAACUUCUUCGAGACCUUGCUAUUACCAUCUCCCAGCGCAAUGUAGUCAUUUUCCGAAGACAGGACGCACUCGACAAUGAUCUGCAAAAAGUAUUAGUUCAGCGAUUGGGAGAACUCUCAGGAAAGCCUAGUACCUCCAAGCUGCAUAUCCACCCGACUGUCAACGUUGGCGUCACGGAACCUGUGAAAGAUAAAGAGAUUAGCGUCAUUGAUUCUUCUCGAGGAAGGAUCAUAUUUAAAGGCGUUCAGGAUCGUGAGACAAUCAAGGCUAGCAACACAGGUGCGUUGACCGGGUCCCGAAAGACUAAUCCAGGACUAAGAAAGAACUUGUUACCAGAUCAGUGGCACUCUGACAUAACCUUUGAGCCCAUUCCCAGUGAUUACGCCGUUCUCAGAUUAACGAAACUCCCAAGAACCGGUGGCGAUACAAUUUUCGCCAGCGGCUACGACGUGUAUGAUCGGAUCUCCCCUCCUUUCCAAAAGCUUCUCGAAGGCCUAACAGCAACUUACGGGCAGCCGAAAUUCGGCAAAGCAGCCGCAAUCAACGGCUACAAGCUCUAUACCGAGGAACGAGGGGCCCCAGAGAACGUCGGCGAUAAACUUGAAGCUAUCCAUCCAGUUGUGCGCACGAAUCCUGUGACGGGAUGGAAAUCUAUCUUCGCUGUCGGCCAUCACGUGCAGCACAUCAACGGCGUUACGGAGCAGGAAUCACGGUCGUUGCAGGACUGGUUCUUACGUCUGAUUGUGGAAAAUCAUGAUUUGCAAGUGCGUGUUCAUUGGGAAAAUGAGAAUGAUUUGGUUAUUUGGGAUAACCGAUCUACCUACCAUGCGGCUACACCUGAUUACCAAGGAUUAGGCACGCGAACUGGACAACGUGCUGUUAGUUUGGGCGAGCGGCCGUAUUUGGACCCGGCAUCUAUCUCUAGACGUGAAGAUCUUGCUGCUGUUGAAGAGGCGUCGAUUGCACUUCUUAGUUUGACGGCCCCAGGUAGUGAUAGUUAG